AUCUCCCUACUUUGGAUUAGGGUUUCACCACGAGGAUCUCGAUCGAGUUCGUCCCUGGAUUCGCCCUCCCAUCAGGGCUCGAUUUCUAUCCCAACAUCGUGUCGAAAUGGUUUUUUUGUUCGAAACUUAGGUUUCUCCAUCUCGAUUGUGGUUGGCUUGUUACGCUAGGAACGGAUAGGAAUUUACCAAAGCGAUUCAGCUUGGAGCACAUGGGGGUUGGAUUCUAUUCUACGGGGCUGACAUUCGACAAGGCAGCUACCAGUAUUGUUUCGUUAAACACCGCAAUGGUGGAAAAAAAUGAGGCGUCAAGGACAAUAUGCUGACAUCAAUCCUGCGAUGGCUGCACAGAUGCAGCACAUGUCGGGACAAAGAUUACAACACAGCUCUGAUAUGAGUCAUUUUCCAGGAGGGUCAGAUUCUUUUCAACAUGGUGAAGAGCAUCACUAUAUGCCUUCUAAAGCAGAGGGACAAUGGCAGUGGGAUAGGGAUGGGACAAAGGGAUCAAAUCAGCUCCCAUCUCAACUAUAUAAAGAAGGACAAGGAAGUGAUGUUUUGUCUACUUUGUACGAGGCACAAAUGUCUGAUUCAAAAUUAGGUAGGGAGAUGCAGAUAAAUAGAGACCCAAGAACACAUGCCCGUCAAGACGAGUUGGUGGCCACAUUUGAUGAUAGCACUCUUCCUCAAACAUUUGAAGGUCUUGAAAAGAAAUUUCUUAAUGAUAUCAUGAACUUGGCCAAGGAGCAGCAGGAAGCAGAGGACAGAGAAAAUGCUAGACACAGAGAGAGAUUAAAUGAGAUCAACACACAAUAUCAAGAAAAACUGCUGGCUGUUCGAGCCCGUCAAGCUACCCAGAGAGAGGAUAUGCUCCACAAAGAAUCUCAGGCACGCCAUCAGCAAUAUCAACAGGCUUAUGUGAACAGCUUUCAGAGUAAUGCUGGAGCUAGCGAUGCACAUGGCUUUGGUGCCGCUCCCAAUGCUGUCAGUACAUACGAUGAUGCACCGCGUGGAUAUGCUGCAAGUCACUAUGACUCCUACGGGGAGAGAGCCGAAUUGUCAAGAGGAGGCGCCAGGGGUCGUGGCUUCGGCAGUCGUGGGCGUUAUACUGGUGGUCGUGCUUAUAACUCGAGAGGUCGAUAUUUCUGAACCAAAGUUAUUAGCCUGUAUUUGCAGAUUGAUGACAUUUACUCUGAAAUCUUAUGUUCUGAUCAAGUGGCUGUUGUACUAAGUGACAACUUCUCUGCUGAAUGCCCAUUCAUGUCUGGAUACAGGUAUGUGGCAAUCCAUUGGAUUAAAUUUGAAAUUUUAUCUUUUUUGAAUA